AUGGCAGAUGUACACUUUCGCUUCCAUGAUUUUGAUAGGAGACAUGAUUUCGAGGUUCGAUUCCAAGGGGAUGUGAAUGCGGGGGGUACAAGGGCAGAUAUUGCAGAAUUGAGGGCGGAAGUUAGGAGAGUACGGGAUGAAUUGCGACAUCAAGAGGAGAGAUCUUUAGCAUUAGGGAAUGAAGUUGGAGGGAUGAGAAGGGAAAUUAGGGACGUGAGGGAAGAGCUGAGGAUGACGAGGAGAGAGCUCUGGGGGACUAGGGCAGAAAUGUUGAGGCUCAGAAAUGAAGGCAUGCAAAAUAGGGGAGACUUAAGAGGCUUAAGACAGGAUCUUCUGGAUUUGGAAGGGGAGAUUAUGGGGUUGAGGGGUGAAAUGAGGAAUGGGAUCAGAGGUAUAAGGGAAAUGAGGGAAGAGGUUUUAGAUUUCAUGGAUGAAGUUGAGAGGGGACAAAGAGAAAGGUUGAGAGAUGCUACCAUGGCUAUUGAAAGAUUGAGAAGAGAGCUUAUGGAAGAACUGACUAGGAGGGAUGCGAACAACGUUCAAAUAGAGCUACGAUUAAUAGAGGAACUAGCGAGGCGGGAUGCGAAUAGCGUUCAAAUGGAAGUACGAAUAAUGGAAGAAUUUGAGAGGAGAGAUGAGUACAAUAUUCGGAUGGAACGGCGGCUGAUGGGAGAAGUUCAAGAUCUUAAAACGAGGAACGCAGAAAGAUCAGAGAGGGAAAAUGAGUUGAUAAAUGAUGUGGAUAAUCUAAAAAGUGGCAAUUUGGAGAAUGAACGGGCAAUGAGAGGUGAAAUUGAAAGUCUGGGCAAUAGGAUGGACGCUUUGGCGCUGGAAAAUGGGGGGUUGAUGGAAAGAGUAACGUGGUUGGAGACGCCAGGACCUGAAAUUGAGGAAGAUGUCGAGCCAGUGGAUGACCAGGUAGUCAAUAAUAUGGCUGAAGAACGGCACGAUAAAGGAAGCCGAAAGAAACGUAAGAAAGAAGGAUGCCGGUGGCCGAGAUUCUAUACCAGAAGUAAGAAACAUAGCAUUAGAAGGAGCUAG